AGAUGCUAAGUGCGGCAAAAUACAGUGUCAAGGAGGAGCCAACCGGCCAAUAAUAGGCACCAAUGCCGUCUCCAUAGAAAACCAACAUCCCCCUCCAAGAGGGGGCCGAAUCCUGUGCCGGGGGACCCAUGUCUACCUGGGGGACGACAUGCUGACCCAGGCCUCGUCAUGUCGGGCACAAAGUGUGGCGGCGACAUGGUGUCAGAACGCCAGUGUCUUUGGAGUGCAGGAGUGCUCAGAGAAAUGCAGCGGUCGAGGGGUGUGUAAUAACAACAAGAACUGCCACUGUGAGGCCCACUGGGCUCCUCCCUUCUGUGACAACGCAGGCUUCGGGGGAAGUGUGGACAGUGGACCGAUGAGGCUAGCAGACUACGGUGGCGUGGCGGUGGGGGUCCUGUUGACUCUAAUAACCUUCCUGGGAGCCGGCCUCAUCGUCUCCAUCAAGAGAAAGACCCUCCUGAGACUACUCUUCACCAACAAGAAGAACCCUAUGGACAAGAUGAGGUCGGUGGGGCCUAACAGAUCCUCCGGUCCAAGCCAUAGAGAUUCCCCACGUGGCCAGCCUCAAGCCCAGACACAGACACCGCCACAGAGACAGAAACACAGCAUCUUCAAG